AUGGCCUACCGCUGCUCGCAUCCAGAGGUUGAGCUCAAGGCCCUCGAUAUCUUCAACACCAAAUCCGAUAGAGACCAGCAUAACACCCUCCUAGAUCUCCUCGAUGUGUACCCUGACUGGGUUGUAUGGGCUCCGAAGCUGGAUCACGCACGACUGGUCGAACAUUUUCGUCGGAUGGAAAGCAUACCAUCUAAGAGGAAUGAAGUCCCUCCAUUGCGUAUGUUGCAAGUGUCACUUGAACGAUUCGUGCUUCAGGCGCUCAUCGACAUUGCAGUUUCGUCGAAGCCCUCACUUACCUCAGCGAAGAUGAUGAUUCAGAAUUGCACACCGACACAACGGCAUACUGGAUGCACCAGCGAUUCGGGGUGUCUCCCUUAUUCUUCAGAGCGGUACUCUCUAGAAAUUUCACUGGAAACGCCUGUCUCCUCCGCACUGAAGGAGGAAAACGGAUUUCUCUCGGUUCUUCCCUUGUUUGCUGCCAUUCUUGACUUACCUCAAUCGAUGUCCUAG